UGAAGUCUGAAUGUCGUCUGUCAGUAAGAUUUGGAAUUCACAACAUUUAUAUGUUUAUCUUUAAAUUUGUGAUACUUAUCCAAUUAUAUGUUGAAUGACUUAACUAAUGCCAAUAUUUCUACUUCAGAUAAAAAUGUAAUGCAACAAAUUGGGCAGAUAAAUAAAGUUAUCAUGGCGUAGGCCUAGUAGAACGAAAUAAUAAUUCAAAGCUACUGUAUUAUUUUGUAAACAUUCGCAGAUUUGUAAAGCUUAUUCACCUUUUCUUAAAAUGGGAGACUAUCAGCCGUUGAGAUCUGACGAUGGUCACGUCAACGCUAGUGCAACAUCCCGAAACAAACCACCUGUCUACUACAAGAAACCUAUGUCACCAUUGCGAAGAGUUGCGUUUGUCUUUUCCGUCUUACUGUGUAUUAUAGUCAUCACAGUAUUCCUGUGGGUCAUCCCAUGCGAUUGGUCUAAAUGUCCAGCGAGAGCCAAACAUCAACCCAUCAUGUCAUGGGAACGCUCCAUUGAAGGAUUGGAAAUCAAAGGUCCACUGAAAAUUGUGAGAGGCGCCCAAGGACUAAAUAUUGUAGCCAUGUACAAGGCACCUGUCCAGAAAUCCGAUUUGGGCAGAGGUUAUGACCAGUUCCCACCAAAAGGUCUGAUAUCUUUUAUGGGAACGACGGGAAUAAUAGCUUGGUUCUUCGGAGCUCCUUCACCAACCCACCUGGAUUGCCUGUCCCUCAAGAUCAAUGACAACUCUCUGCAGGAUUGCUUAGUCCGAGGGUCCAGAGGCUAUUUGGCUGCGGUCGACGCACUUUCUGGUAUUUUUAAGUGGCGUGCAGGCGCGAAUAAGUUCCGAUUGGUGGAUGUGUCAUUCCCCGUAGUCACGCCAGACUUGAACUACGAUGGAUAUCACGACUUGGCUGUCACGACGAGAAACAAGCAAAACAGCCAGUUCAUCGCUAUCAUCUCCGGACAGACAGGAUCGGUAUUGGGAAAGCCUAUGGAAGUUAAAGGCUGUACUGACAUCAACAAUUUGACCUUAGACAGAGACUACACACUUUAUUAUAACUGCAGAAAAAACAAUAACAGCACUGGAAAAAGUGAGUUAGCUCAAAAAACGAUGAGUGUGGGCCAGAUUGCGCUUGUGUCAGCUGUUCAAGCUAUGACCAACCACACAGUGGAGCCCCGUGGCAGUGUCUCACCCCCCACCAAGCAUCUCGGCAAUGAGUGGACGGUGAACAACUACAGACUGAAUCUUCAAAACUCCGGCUCAUCUCCUGCAGACUAUCAGGUGGUCAUCUCAGUAGUAGACCAUCACAACCAGAGUGUAUGGAACCCCACAUUGCAGCAGACAUACGCCAUGACUCCAGUGGUAUUGCAUCUACAACAUGCCAUCUCUGGGUUCCUGCUAAAGUUCUGGUACUGGCACAAUCCCACUGAACAGAGAAAAGACAAGAACGGUUACCUGGUGAACACUAUAAGUGAGAGGGUGGUGUUGGUGACCUUCAAUGCUACUGGUAGUGUCCACAUCGUCAACGCCAGUCAAACAGAGAUCAUACAACUGUGCUCAAACAGCACAUGUCAGCCACAGUUGGUGGAUCAGAUGGACUCACGUAAGUGACAGUACUAGCAUGUUAAGUGUUAUUGGUACCAUUCAAUGCUACUGGUAGUGUCCACAUCGUCAACGCCAGUCAAACAGAGAUCAUACAACUGUGCUCAAACAGCACAUGUCAGCCACAGUUGGUGGAUCAGAUGGACUCACUGCUUAUAGUAGAUCUGGACGAAGACGGAUCACAAGAAUUGAUCUCCUAUUUGGUAACUUACGUGGGAGACGACAAACCUGGCACUUGGCGGCUUCAGUCCCGAGUUCGCCUCAUCCGACUGGAGGCCGAACUUCCCAAACUGUACGAGGCCAUUGAAGGCCACAAAGCACAACUUCUCGUCUCUAAAUCUGUGAACCACCUGUAAACUAAGGCUUCACAUUUCACUAUGGAUUUCUGUUGCAUACCUUUUUAAAAGGCUGAAUUUUUUGUUCCUGAGUUUUUUUUUUUACAUUAAUAACGAUAUAUUGUGACUGUCUAAUUAUAUAUUUUCCUUAGAUUUUAUGUUAGGUUCUUAAUUUUUUUGUAUUAGUUAACAUCUACUUCUUUAUCUCUGUUUCACGCAUACCUAGUUUACAAUGUAAGCUGUUGGUUGAAUGUUUAUACAACCCUCCUAAUAAUGUAUAAUUUCAAUUUGAUAUUGAGAAAAGUUAGUAGCUUUUUGUGUGGUUUGAAACUAGAAAACUGACCCAGCUUUCUUUAACAAUUGGACUUUUUCUUAAAAUCCUGGCUAAAGCAAGAGCUCAUAAAUAUUCGGUUGAAAAGCUAAGCAAGGCAUCACAUUUUGUUAGAAACAGUCAAUGUUGUUGUCUAGUAAAAAGCUUAUUGAUACCUUAUGUGGUAUUAAUUAGUUAUGUCCUUAUCUUGAAUGAUUUGAUUUGUGUUGUUAGUGUGAUUAUUAUCUGAUAAUAUUGUUUGUUGUUUAUUUUUUAAGAUAUUUUUAUUUUAUUUUACCCUUUCUAUACAGCCAAAACAAUGUUCCUGUUAAAAAACAUACACUUUGGAAUAAAUCUAUUCUUCCUUUUUGGAAGUAGUAUGUGUUUCUCAACCAUGUUGUAUGUCUUUGUAGAAUUACCCUAGUUAUAUUAUUAUUUAGUUAUAAUCAUAAUUAAAAUUUUUGUUACUAUA